CCGGCAUGGGUUGGUCUCAGGAUUUGUUCCGCGCCUUGUGUAGAGCGCUGUCGAAGGACGUGAAGGAGCAAGUGGGCACAGACCGGUUCGGAAACAAGUACUACUGUAUCCCGGAGUACAAGAACUGGAGAGAAACUUCAUCUGAGAGUAGAGAAUAUCUCAGCUUUCUCCUUCCGCCAGUGGUGCUUGGUGUCUUUAAUGAACCCCUUUUCUCUGGAAGGACACACUGUUAGAGAGAGAAGAAUUGUAGAGGCAGCAAACAAAAGAGAAGUAGACUAUGAAGUAGGGGAUAUCCCAACAGAAUGGGAAGCUUGGAUUAGAAGAACAAGAAAGACUCCACCUACUAUGGAGACUUCUUUUGGACUCAAGCUGCAACAUCAACUUUUCCAUGGGUCUCCAGCCUGCCAGCCUACCAUGAAGAUUUGGACCUGCCAGCCUCCACAAUAUCCUAGCUGCAGCUACCAUCAUAGGUGGAGCCUCACUACAGCUCUACUGAGUAGCUUUAGCCUUCUGCUUGGACGCUGUGGCAUGGGCUGUCUGUGGGGAACCAACCUGGAAAUAUUGAGAAGGUUAGCCCAGAAUUGGCCUACACGAUCGUGGGAGCUGGCAAGUCAGAAAUUUAUAUGACAGGCUGGCAUCCUGAAAAUUCUCAGGAAAUACUAAAGAAUGAAAAAUAUAGAGAAGAAAUAAAAAUAAAAAGCAAAGAUUUUUAUGAAAAAGGAAAACUCCUUAGUAAAGAGAACAACGAGGAACUCUUGGCUCCACCAG